AUGUUCAAUAAAAAUUCUCCUGAACGUCAUACACAACAAAAUUCUGAUGAUGAUGAUGAUGAUCAAAUACAUAUUGAUCCAAAUGAUGCAUUUGAAGUAAUUGAUAUUGAUUCAUCAACAGAAAAUAUUGUUGAAAAUCAAAUAGAUGAUCUUGAAUUAACAGAAACAAUGCAACAAGAAGAAGAAGAUGAUGAUGCAUUAUUAAAAAUAUCUCAUCAUAAAAUUGGAAAUUCUAUAUUUACAAUAUCAAUUGAUCCAUUAAUACAAAAUCGUGUUUGUACAGGUGGUGAAGAUGAUCGUUGUCUUCUUUGGAAUUUAGAAACUGGUGAAUUAAUACAUGAAUAUCCUAUAUUUGAUGAUAGUGUACAUCAAAUAUGUUGGAGUUUUGAUGGUAAAUAUUUAUGUGCAUGUGAUAUGCGUGGACAAAUACGUUGUUGGACAAAUAAUGAAAAUAAUUUACCUAUUAAUGAAAUUUGGACAUUUCAUACAGGAAAUGAUAUUGAAUUAAUGCGUUUUCAUCCAACAGCACAUGUUCUUUUUGUUGGAACAAAUGAUUCACAAUUAUGGUUAUUUAAAAUUCCAUCAGGAGAAUAUAAAAUUAUGCAUGGAGGAAGUGAUACUGAGAUAAUAACAUUAGAAAUACUUGCAAAUGGUAAACAAUGUGUAUGUGGUUAUGGUAAUGGUCAAAUUAAAUUAUGGGAUCUUAAACAAUGUUCUAUUAUUUGGCAAUAUGAUGAUAAUAAUAUUAAUGAAAAUGAUAAUGCAAUGAAUACAACUAAUAUUAAUAAUAAAUGUAUUUCAAUGUGUUUAAAUAAUGAACAAACAUUAAUAGCAUGUGGUUCAGCUGAUGGUAAUUGUCGAGUACUUAAUUUACAUAAUGGUAAAUUACUUUCAUUAUUUCCAUGUUUUCAAUCAACAAUAGAAGAAGAUGAAGAUGAAGAUGAUGAUGAAUCAAAAACAACAACAACAAUUGAAAGUGUUAUAUUUGGUAUUAAUCAUUUACUUAUAUGUGGUACACUUUCAGGUUAUAUUUAUAUAUGGGAUAUAAAUACAAAACAUUUACGUACAACACUUAAUUUACAAAGUGGUAUUGUUAAAUGUAUAUUAAAUGAUAAUUAUUUAUUAUAUACAGCAUGUCUUGAUGGUCAUAUACGUUUAUUAGAUAUACGAAAUGGUGAACCAUUAAAAGAAUGGAAAAGUGGUGGUGGUGAAGGUUGUGAAAUAAUGGAUAUGAUUAUAACUCAAGAUAAACGAUAUUUACUUUGUGCUUAUAUGCAAGGUUUAUGUCGUAUAUUUAAAUUAAAAGAAUAA